GCGCCUUCAUUCAUUGGUUGGAUUAGGUAGGUACCUAGCCUAACGUUAGGUAAUCCGACAAAUAUUGCAUACCGGAAUUAGAGACAAAGGGUACAACCAGCCUAAUAAUCUCCAAUUGAACUUGAAUCCACAGGGGAGAAGGAAAAAAAACACCCCCACCAAAGCUGCAAGUAACAACCAACAGGCUGUCGCUAUGCCGUCAUCCACCAUCACAUCCGCAUCCACAUCGUCUUUUUCGCACAACUUCUUCACCCUGUUCUUCCUACUCGUGCUCCUCGUAGCUUUCUUCCCGGGACUAUUCCACUACAUAUCCACCCUCCCACUCGCGUACCUGUAUCCAUUUUCUUCUUCCACCUCUUCUCCAGUAUCCGCUAGUCCUAGUCCUAGUCCGGGUUCGGGUUCGUCAUCAUCAUCAUCCACCCCACCAACCCCAACCAUGUCAGGCUGGUUCCAGAAGCAAUUCGCGCUCCCGCCGCGCUCGCGCGGCUCCUACCUGGUGACGGACCACGUCGUCAAGGAGCUCCCCGAGCUCCGCGGCUACAAGGUCGGCCUGCUGAACCUGUUCGUCCAGCACACGAGCUGCGCGCUGAGCCUCAACGAGAACUGGGACGACGACGUCCGCGCCGACAUGUCCGACGCGCUCGACCGCAUCGCCCCCGAGGCCGGGCCCAAGGGCGAGGACUUAUAUAGGCAUAGCGCUGAGGGGAGCGAUGAUAUGCCGGCACAUAUCAAGUCGGCGCUGAUCGGCGCGAGCAUUACAAUUCCCAUAAAAGAUGGCAAGCUGGCAACGGGGACAUGGCAAGGGAUUUGGUAUCUGGAGUUCCGAGAUAUGAGACAUACGAGAAAGGUGGUAGCAACUAUCCAAGGCGAAAAGGCAUGAAUUCGGCUAGAAUUAAUAACAAGAGACACCUUGUGUCUUCCAUUUCAUUUUUUUGUCUUUUUUCGGAAGAUCCUAGCAUACAAGGUCGCGAUCUAAUUUGUACGCCGUACGCCCUUUUGUCGCGCCUUGUUCCAAUGCAAAAAGUAUUAGGUGUACAUGAGGCGGCGAGCUAUGUAGUACCCGAAAACAGCCUUCGUGAGCUUUGUCUC